GCUAAUCGUGUACCACACUUCCUGUUAGCUUAUAAAAGAUAGUGAGCGAGUCGGCAGCAUUACACAUGUAUUUGAGCAAACGCGCUGCUUAAUUUUCCACAAACGUGCCUUUCUGGAGUUAGUAAGGUCCAACAAUAGGAAACGAACAUGAUCCGCUUCAUUCUGAUCCAGAACCGAGCUGGCAAGACACGACUUGCCAAAUGGUACAUGCAAUUCGACGAUGAUGAAAAGCAAAAGUUGAUCGAAGAGGUACAUGCAGUUGUGACUGUCAGAGAUGCCAAGCACACUAACUUUGUAGAGUUCCGAAACUUCAAGAUCAUCUACCGACGCUAUGCUGGACUCUACUUCUGCAUUUGUGUUGACGUGACUGAUAAUAACCUGGCAUAUCUCGAAGGAAUUCACAACUUUGUAGAGGUGCUCAAUGAGUACUUCCACAACGUUUGCGAACUGGAUCUCGUCUUCAACUUCUACAAGGUGUAUACGGUGGUGGACGAGAUGUUCCUCGCUGGGGAGAUCAGGGAGACCAGUCAGACAAAGGUCCUUAAGCAGCUCCUCAUGCUCCAGUCGCUCGAGUAGACAAGACAUCUUCUUCACUUCUCUUCCUUCGAUGAAGGGAGGGGAGUUCCUAGACCUUGAAAUUCUUUGUGAUAUUUUGGAUGUGUCUCACUGCUUGUAAACCCCCCAAUAUGAAAUUGCAAGAAGUGAAGUGAUUCGUCUCUUCCAAUCACUAGACAACGAUGUGUUCACAUCCAGCUCUCCCCAAUUAACCUUCAUCUCAGAGCACUACUGUCAUGAACAAGCACCGUCAUAAUCAGUGCGCUCAGCACUUGAAAUGGAUUUUUAAAACAUGCCACUGGGGUCAUAUCAUACUUAUAAAGGGCAUUUGACAUGUGGAUCACCAUUAACUUUAAUUAAGAGGCCCUUCACGGGCUCCAAUCAUAGACUGUUAAAAAAAAAAAACUGGACAAACCCUUUGUGACGUCACUCAGAGCGUCAGCAGUCUAAGAUGAUGCCAGUGUAAAAAAAAAAUAAAUAAAUAAAAGGCAAUGGCAUUUGCCUUUAACAACAAAUUCCUUAGAACAUUCUUAAGCAUAAAUUAUAGUUUAUAGAAAUUGCUCCGUUUUGAAGCAGGCCUCCAGUGGCAAUCUCCGGUGCUGCAGGGUUUUAUAACACUUCCGGGGACUCGUUUUCCCAAACCAGAGGUUGCUCCAAUGAGCAUCAUCUGGUCGAAUGUGUCAUGAUAACCUGUCGUGCCACAAAAUGGCUGCCUCAGUACAAUGACAUUUCAAUGUAGUUUUCGCCUCUGUAUGACGUGGUGCUUGUUUGUCACACAAUUUGUGAAGCAGUACUGUUGCGUGUAGUAUGGUUCGUGCGUGUAAAUGUAUCUUAAGAUAGUUAUGUUGCCUAUCAAAUGAAGCAUUCAUUCCAGAGCACACAAAAUGUGUGCCUCAAUCAGUAUUUACUCCUUAAGUGUCAGUUACUUAUUGGCUUUAUUAAAGCAACUUUGCUUGGAAACAAACCAACCAUUAACUAAUAUUCAACAUGUUCCAAGAUGGUUUCUAAUGUUUUUGUUUUUGUUGAAUGAUUCACUUCUUAUGUAAUAUUCCCUUUGUGUCCAUUUGAGUUUUUUUUUUUAAACAUCUUCCAGUCCUUUACAGGAUAUGUAAAUAAAAAUAUGAGAACAAUUUUAGCCCCGAAUUGUCCUUUUUAACUGUUAAUAAAAUACAUUUAACCCUGUAUUGGACACUUAACUCGAAGGCUGCCAUUGAUGGUGCGAAACAUCCAAUCUUUUUUUGGCUGGGUGAGACUGGCAGCUAAUGGCACCCAAAGGAAGGAUGAGCAUUCACAGCCAGUCAUCCCAGUUUAAAAUAAUUGGACGUUUGUUGUCAAUGACGGGCAUUGGUUUAAAUACUGUUCAAAAGAAUAAAAAGACAUCAACUUUCAGGUGCCAUGGUGGAAGCUAUAACCAGUGUACACAGGCAUGAAAAUCUCCCGCCUUUCGGCGAAAUUCGCCGUUUUGAAGUCGAGGGUGACCUACGUGAAUUGUGUAGAUCC